CGAUUUUCCGUUGUCAGUUGUGACUUGUCGCGAUUUUUUCAAAUUUCUUUGAUGAAGAAAACUGCUUUAAAAGCGUUUUCGAUUCCUCAAAAGCCUAUACUUUCUACCUGGCUGCACUGCAAGCCCCCAAGUGACUGUGAUCUGAAUGUCCACAUUUCCUGCCGACUCCAGUUAUGUCGCAAAAACGGCAAAUUACAGCACAAUCAUCGGACGCGGAAAGUCGCAACAAGGUGGCGAAGCUUGGCGACUAUGCAAAGCAUCUGCUGCUCUGUAAAGACACUAGCGAUGUUCGGUUCCGAGUGGGACAUGAUUAUGGCGCUGUGAAGAUCUUUCCAGCCCACAGAGCCAUAAUGGGUCGCAGCCCUGUAUUCCAUACAAUGUUCUAUGGAAGUCUGCCCGAAAAGCGCAAAGCUCCCAUCAACAUUCCCGACGUUCUUCCCGAAGCCUUCUCCAACAUGCUCAGCUACAUCUACACUGAUGCUUUGGAGAACCUCACCAAGGAAAACGUUUUCCCCACGCUGGGCUGCGCGGACAAGUACGAUCUACCGUUGUUGGUAUCUAUGUGUACUGACUUCGUCCUGAAGGACCUCAACAUCAACAACUGCCUGGAUAUUCUGGAUGAUGCGAUUCAUUACGAUACUGUUGCCCCGAGUAUCCUGGAGAAGUGUUUAUCCCUCAUUGAUGAAUCACCAAAAAUAAUCUGGGAAUUGGAGCAGUUCAGUGCGAUUGGACACGAGGCAUUGCGCAUCAUUCUUCAGCGUGACACGUUGACCGCCAAUGAAGAUAUAAUUUGCUCGUCGGUUGACAAGUGGGCUACGAACAUGUGCACGCGUAAGAACUGGGGCGCUUCCGCCGCCAAUCGGCGUAAAAUACUGGGCGAGGUGCUGUUUCUCAUUCGCUUUCCGCUUUUGACCAAUUAUAAACUGCUGGAUGGGCCUGUCAAGAGCGGUUUGUUGCUGAAAUCGGAAGAACGGGACAUCUUCCACUACAAGUACGCCACAAUCAAACCUCGGCUUCCAUUCAGCACGGCGCCCCGACAAAAUUUACGCGCUUCUGGUGUCAUUAGCUGUACGAUUGCGGAUAUCAGGAAGCUGGCGGAACCGUAUGCGGCCAGCGAUGCCAUUACAGUUAGAAACCUGCACUGGUGUAUCCAGGUCGAAAAGAAAACCGACGGUGCGUCUGUGGCGUUUGGCUUCUACUUGGCGUGUACCAGCCGUCCGCAAUCGGCAACAUGGAGCUGCUUAGUUCAUGCAGAAUUGUGCCUACUACCAUGGAAAACGGAAGCUGAAACAGUCAAGAAAUUAAAUUUUUCCCGUCUGUUUUGCAAGGGAAGUCCUAGCUGGGGAUUUCAGAAAUAUAUCUGUAUGAAGAAACUACUGGAUCCGGCGAACGGCUACGUCAACCCUGCUGAUUUCUCAUUAAAACUGCAAAUUGAAAUGACUGCUGAACUGCCUACUGGAAUGGAGUGAAACAUUAGACAGUGGCCCACACACAUGUUAAAUACUGUAGUUUGGUUUUUGUAAAUGUUCCAAGUUUCCUUGCGUUAUCGUUUUUCGUAGUGAAGUUUCGAACCAGUUCUUCUUGCCAGGUUUUUUGUUACGUUGCCCAAGACCGUUUGUUAGCUGAUUAGACACUGGAUGUUUUAGUCGCUGAGUAGAUAGAAUUAGUUUGAGUUAUAGAUUAUUGCGUUUUUGAAAGCGUACAGAGUACUACCCGUAGUACUUAAGUAUUUAUGCUGCUGUUUGCUUUGUUGUUGUUGUUGU